AUGCACGAGACAAAGGGGCCGACAGUCGCGCAUCGGAUUGAUCUUCGGCCCUGUUGCCGCCAUAGGACAUUUCCUCAGUGGUGCCUUGACAGGCUUCGCUUCCGAGGCGGGGGUUUGAUCGGCGUGUCGUGUUCAAACGGAUGGAAGACGUCCCUGAGAGUUUGGUGCACUUUGAGAGCGUGGUGUCUCUGCUUCAAUCUCAAACAGCAUCAAUAUGCGUGUAGUUGGGCCAUUGAAGCCGAGGCUUGGCUUCUAGCCUGUUAUCGUGCUGUGUGA